AUGGAGGAGGCACUUGCUAAACCAAGAAAUGUUACUCAUACCCUCUAUAAGCUUUAUAGCUGGCUGGAGAUGGGUACUAUCGACCUUAGUCCUGAGUUUCAGAGAGAUGUUGUUUGGACUGCUGCCAAACAAAGUUACCUGAUUGAUUCUGUAUUCAAGAACUUUUACAUUCCUCCUAUUAUCUUUUCGUGCAAAAAACUUGAUGAUAAACGAUUUAUGCGUGUAUGUAUUGACGGAAAGCAAAGAUUAACAUCAAUAAAGAGAUUUAUUGAUAAUGAAAUUCCUCAUAUUAAACUUUUUGGUGGUAGUAAUCAGAAAUAUUAUUACAAAAAACCAAAAGUUCCAAGGUCUGAUGUUAUUACAGAGAUGGAAAGAGAACUUUUUGAUUGUUCUGAAUUUGUUUGUGUGGAAUAUUAUGAUUUAAAUUUAGAGCAAGAACAAGAAAUAUUUAGCCGUGUCCAACUCGGAAUGCCUCUUACACCUGCUGAAAAAUUGCAAGCUAUCAGCAGUCCUCUAUCCGAAUAUGCACAUCAAAUAUAUAAUGACUAUCCUUCCAUAACUAAUGUUAUGGACGUAAGUCGUGGGCGUCCGUUCCAGUUGAUCACUCAAUCAUUACACAUGAUUGAGAUUCAACCACCAAUCUUUCGGGCAACUCCAACCACAAUUUCCAAAUAUCUGAAGGAGGAUCGUCCGGUACCACGAAAAUUACUUAGCACCUCAAAACAUGUCUAUGAUACCCUCGAUUCACUAAUCAAGGCAGAUGUAGAACUCCUUAAUCGUCACAACAAGCUUGCGCCGAUCGAGUUUGUCUUUUUGUGCUUUAUGAUUGCGAAAUAUCCCGAGUUAUCCAUCCCUCAAUAUCAGUAUUAUAUUAUCGCGAUGAAGAAAUUUGUCAGGAAGAAGCAUGAUGACAUUAGAUUCAAUAGUAAGGUCUACGAGACGCUCAAGGAAUUCGUCGAUAAUAUGGAUAAUAGGCUCGAUUUUGAAUCUCAAAAUUCUUUUCCGCAUGGGUACAAGAGAAUCAAGCGUGAAAUUGAAGAGUAA